AUGUAAUUGCUAUUUUGCGACGUGAGGCUUAUUUGAUUGAAUUUAAGUUUAGCAAUGGUUAGUUUGUUACGAAUCCACAGAUAUAAGUGAACGAACGUGGCAUACCGGCAACUUUUUGGGAAAAAAAUACUUUUAUCGGAGUUGCGCCGACUGAGGGGGUUGUGCCUGUUGAUCACACGCGUAUAUGCCCUCUUAUUGGCUAGAAUGUUCCAACUGAUUUCGCCUCCUCCCGCCUACCUUCCAUCUUUGAGGACAUGUAUUUCCAUUGUUAGAGCGGUCACUCGACUGUCUUGUCAAUAUCAUAGAACACCUUUGGGGAUAUCAUGGGAGGUGUGAAACAGGAGCAGAAUGAUGGACCACCACCAAGAGGCAUGCCGUCCUCUGAUGCAGCACACGAAGAGCAUAUCCGUUCUCUUUCUGUACAGCCUGUGAAGAAGAGGGGUUGGCCAAAGGGUAAGAAGAGAAAGAAGGUUUUGCCCAACGGUCCCAAGGCACCAGUGACUGGAUAUGUGCGCUUUCUGAAUGAACGACGAGAGCAGAUCCGUGCUAAGUACCCUGACCUGCCCUUUCCAGAAAUUACCAAGAGGUUGGGCGCAGAGUGGAGCUGCUUAGCACCUCAUGACAAACAGCGCUUCCUAGAUGAGGCGGAGCGAGAAAAGCUGCAGUAUGCCCGGGAGCUGAGAGAAUACCAACAGAGUGAGGCCUAUCAGAUCACCAGUGCCAAGAUCCAGGACAAGAAGGUCAAGAGAGAGGAGUCUCCAUCUGUCAUUAUCAAUGCCAACAGUUCUGGAUCAGCUGCUCUGAAGGGUUCAGACUACCUGUCCAACAGAUUUGAUGUUCCAAUAUUCACAGAGGAGUUCCUGGACCAGAACAAGGCCCGGGAAGCAGAGCUUCGGCGUCUUCGCAAAGCCAAUGUUGAGUUUGAGGAGCAGAACGCCGUGCUGCAGAAGCACAUAGCAGACAUGUACAGCGCCAAAGAGAGGCUGGAAGCUGAACUGGGGCAGGAUGAGCUCCGGACACAGGCCUUACACAGGCACCUGCUGGCCAUCAAACACACCCUCGUCAGCAGUCUGUCCACCGUGGCCCUGCCAGGCACAGGUGAGACACCCUCUCUUGGUACCCUGGACUCUUACCUGAGUCGCCUGAGUGGUACUCUGGAGAGCAACCCUCAUGAGCACCGUGUCUUGCUGACUCAGCUUCGUGAUGUCCUUUCUCACCUGGACAGUGAGAAGCUAUGAUGGGACCUCCACACCCAUUCUGACUUGAUGUGGAUCCCGGGUGGUAUAACAACAGGUCAAAUCGGUGCCCUUCAGUAUAGUCAUGGGAUAGAUGGGAUGUCUUUCUGAUGUAACAGACAAAUUACAAACCGAUAAAACACAAGGCUCAGUCUAUAUAGCAUUACUCUGUGGUAUACAGUGUAAUAUAUAAAUUGAUUAAAUAAAGAAAAUUAUUGAGCAAUCCCUACACAAUACCCCCUAAUUGCAAGGUGAGUUUCUAGAAAUGUUUGCAAAUGUAUUAGAAAUAAAAAAAGAUACCUUAUUUACAUAAGUAUUCAGACCCUUUGCUAUGAGACUUGAAAUUGAGCUCCGGUUUCUCCUGUUUCCAUUGAUCAUCCUUUUAAAUGUUUCUGAAACUUGAUUGGAGUGCUGUGGUAAAUUCAAUUGAUUGGACAUGGUUUUGGAAAGGCACACACCUGUCUAUAUAAGGUCCCACAGUUGACAGUGCAUGUCAGAGCCAUGUCAGAGCCAUGUGCAUGUCAGAGCCAUCGAAGGAAUUGUAGAGCUCCGUGACAGGAUUGUGUCGAGGCACAGAUCUGGGGAAGGGUACCAAAACGUUUCUGCAGCAUUGAAGGUCCCCAAGAACACAGUGGCUUCCAUCAUUCUUAAAUGGAAGAAGUUUGGAACCACCAAGACUCUUCCUAGAGCUGUCCGCCCGGCCAAACUGAGCAAUCGGGAGAGAAGGGCAUUGGUCAGGGAGUUGACCAAGAACCCAAUGAUCACUAUGACAGAGCUCUAGUUCCUCGGUGGAGAUGGGAGAAGCUUCCAGAAGGACAACCAUCUCUGCAGCACUCCACCAAUCAGGCCUUUAUGGUGGAGUGGCCAGACGGAAGCCACUCCUCAGUAAAAGGCACAUAACAGCCUGCUUGGAGUUUGCCAACAGCCACCUAAAGACAAGAUUGAACUCUUUGGCCUGAAUGCCAAGUGUCACAUCUGGAGGAAACCUGGCACCAUCCCUAUGGUGAAGCAUGGUGGUGGCAGCAUCAUGCUGUGGGGAUGUUUUUCAGCGGCAGGGACUGGGAGACUAGUCAGGAUCGAUGGAAAGAUGAUUGGAGCAAGGUACAGAGAGAUCCUUGAUGAAAACCUGCUCCAGAGCACUCAGGACCUCAGUCUGGGGCGAAGGUUCACCUUCCAACAGGACAACGGCCCUAAGCACACAGACAAGACAAUGCAAGAGUGUCUUCAGGACAAGUCUCUGAGUGUCCUUGAGUGGCCCAGCCAGAGCUCGGACUUGAACCUGAUCCAACAUCUCUGGAGAGACCUGAAAAUAUCUGUGCAGCAAUGCUCCCCAAAGGUGCUUCAACAAAGUACUGAGUAAAGGGUCUGAAUACCUAUGUAAAUGUGAUGUUUAUUUUUAAAUUAGCUAAAAUGUCUGAAAGACUAUUUUUGCAUUGUCAUUAUGGGGUAUUUUGUGUAGAUUGAAGGGGGGAAAACAAUUGAAUCAGUUUUAGAGUAAAGCUGUAAUCUAACAAAAGGUGGAAAAGUCAAGCGGUCUGAAUACUUUCUGAAGGCACUGUAUCUGCAUGUGUACAGUCUUGUUCAGCUUUGGAGGCAAAUUUCAGGCUUGUUGUGAACAGUCAUUAUGUCAACUGCCUUACCUUGUUCCUAUGGUUUCCUGAAAAGAAUCAUGGGAAAAGCAGUUUACAUGCCCUUUUUUCCGUAUGUCUUCACUUGAAAUAAGGAGAUUGAGGAAGUGUACUUGUGUCAAAUGAGAGACCAAAUGAACUGGAAAAGAUCAUAGCAACAUUUUCAGAAUAGUUUUUUAUAACGCUAUUGACAUUAGUUUUGGGGUGGGAAGUUUUGGAUGAAGGUUUUUUUUGUAAUGGUUUAUUUGAAAGAAUUUGAAAUGGAAGUUUUGUCUCCUUUUGUAAUCAUUAUUUCAAUUUGCAAUAAAAGUAAAUGUGUGUAA